AGUUUAUAGAUCACCCUUCUUCAUUAAGAACACUUGUCAAAAAAAAUUUAAUAAGGGGUUUCUAUCCCAGAAUUCAGCAAACUUGAUUGAGGACUGAUGUGCUCCAAGGAGAGUGGAUCCAUCAAAGAACACAGGAGAAAUGAAUAUGUAAAGAAAGAAUUCCAGCACAGUGUGAUGUGCAAUAAGAGGCCUUUGUACGAGGUGCAGGGAAGGUAGUACAGGAGAGACCAGCUAACUCCAUCUAGAACUGUCAGAGAGAGCUCCACUUGAACUGGGUGUUGAAGGAUGAGCAGGAGUCCCAGCUGGGGGCUGAAGGGCAGGAGAAGGAGUAUUCCAGGAAGGAACAGCUUGUAAAACGUACGGAAACGUGAAGGCGUAUAACAAGGCGAUGUAGUCAAGAACUGCAGGUAAGUGGACUGGUGUGCCUGGCAGUAAGCAUGCAACGCAGAAGAGGCCAGAGAGGUGGGCAGGCGCCCAGACAGUGCUGUGCCCUCAGUGCUGCUGAGGCAUUAGAACUCUGUCAUUAGACGGUGGAGUGCCAUGGAGAGUUUUAGGCAGGGGAGGCGACAUGAUCCAAAUUGCUAUUUAGAAAGAUGACCUGGUGGUUAUAUGGAGACAGGUUUGAUUGGCGUUAAGAGGUACUGAAGACAGAGACCAGUAAAACAACCUUUGAUUAGGGUCUGGACUAGAGAAAUGGGGGCGAGGAUGAAUAUAAGAGCCAUUCAGGGAGGAGGCUCACAUUGCAGAGCCCCUGGCUGUCGGGUCUUCUAUUGUGUAAGCCGCCACCAGAGUGGGUCUUCUCACCCCCAUCGCCAGUGGACCCACGGAAUAUCCCCAGGUACCGCUCCAGCCAGCGAACUCAAGAAGAUUCUGCUUUCCGGGACUGUAGACCUAGUUCACUUCAGCAUGCCUGUUGAGAGUCGCUCCCUUCCCGAGCUGGGCUGGAAUUCCCACCAGGACCGUGGAACAACCAAGGGGGAUGUCAGCGUGGGCAUCACAGAAACAUCCAAAGUCGUCAGUGCAAUGUGGUGUUCGUUUACUUUUAGUUAUAAAGUCAGGAGAGAAAAGAGCACCGAGAUCAAGAUACAGGGUAUUAUUCUCGGGUUCAGAUCCCCAAUCCAAGGUAAAGACUUGGGUUGGUUGAUAGGGCAAAACAUAAAAUGUUUGAGCAAAGUGAUUUGUCUAGAGAAACGCGUUCUACAAACUCACCAUCUACAUCUUCAAAAUCGAGCCUUCCCUUUCCUACCAGAGGGCACCCGAGGACUCGGGUCAGAUCCCUCAAAGACGAGCACCCCGACAGGCAAGCGGAGGGCGGGAGAAGUUCCCGCCUCCCUUUACUUCUCCAAGUUCCCAUAGGCUGAGUCCUGCUGUGGACCCGCCAUGUUCCCGCUCUCUCCUCCUAUCACCGCCGCCGUCAGGGUCCCGGGCUGUGUUCUCAUUGGUCCUCCCGCAGUCGCUCUGCGCCGGGGCGUUCCAGAGGCAGCCACUGAGAGUCGCUGGAUUCGGGUUUUAAAAAACGCCGGCAGGGAAUCGGCGAUGCGGGCGUUUUGAACGUGAGGCGGCGCGGCGGCUGCGGAGCACCCAACCGCGGGGCCACGGGUCGGGGCGCUGCCAGGCCGCCCGCGGACGCCAGCCUUGGUCUCCAGACUCCGAAGGCCGAGAAGGAGCCGCGGGGCCGCAACCCUCCGCGCCCGCCAUGGGCCCGCGCCGCAAGCCCGAAGUCCCGAGGAGGCGCGCCGCCAGCCCGGCCCCCGGCAGCCCCCGGCGGGCCCCGUCCUUAGGCACUUCCUCCCGUCCACGUGGUCGCCGGAGGUACGCGAAGGUUCUGAGUGAGAUCCGAAAGCUUCAGAAGAGCACACACCUAUUGUUAAGGAAGAGCCCCUUCGCCCGCCUGGCAAGAGAAAUAUGUGUUACAUUCACUCGUGGUGUGGACUUCAGUUGGCAAGCCCAGGCCCUGUUGGCCCUACAGGAGGCAGCAGAAGCAUUCCUAGUUCAUCUCUUUGAGGACGCCUAUCUGCUCUCCUUACAUGCCGGCCGAGUUACUCUCUUCCCGAAGGAUGUGCAGCUGGCCAGGAGGAUCCGAGGCAUUGAGGAAGGGCUCGGCUGAGCUCCUGCCCCAGUGCCUGUAAGCCUUUCCUGCUCGCCAGGGAGGAUGACAGCCGGGACUCUGUCUGGAGCCAGGACCAGAUCCAUGGACUAUGAGAUGCUGCCUGGACUUGCUGUCUCUGAGUAGAGUGGGCAUGUUGCUUUUGUAAUUGUUUUUUUUAAGGAGAAGACUGGGUGGCUUUCCUCUGUAACAGGGGUAAUAUAUGAGAAAAUCAACACACUUCCAAAGGCCUGAGAAUUCUUUUCAAAUAGACUCCAAUGUUGACUUCAAUUUGCAAAUUAUUCACAUGACUGUUUAGUUAUUCAUAUGAUUUUGAAGACAUUAGAUUUUAUGGGUUAUGGGAAAAAGAGGAUAUUUAUUAUUUUAGAUCUUUCUGUACCAUUUAAAUUUUUUACCAUAUGUAUAUUUACUUUUAUUGAAAACAUA